AAAGAGAGGUCUAGUGACGAAAACCGACGAUGGCGCAAACGAUCCAGGCGAAGAAGAUGACUAUCUUAUGGCUGAAGCUCGACAACCCUUAUGGCGAAAAAUCCCGAUUUCAUCGAGUUUGAUCAAUCCGUACCGUAUCGUCAUCGUGCUACGUCUCGUGAUCCUCGUAUUCUUCUUCCGUUUCCGCAUAAUGACUCCGGCUUACGACGCUUACCCUCUGUGGCUCAUCUCCGUUAUAUGCGAAAUUUGGUUCGCUUUAUCUUGGAUCCUCGACCAGUUCCCGAAAUGGUUCCCGAUUAACCGAGAAACCUACCUGGACCGCCUCUCAUUGCGGUUCGAGCGUGAGGGUGAACCCAACGGGCUCUUGCCGGUUGAUUUCUUCGUGAGUUCGGUCGACCCUCUUAAGGAACCACCAAUCAUCACUGCAAACACGGUUCUAUCGAUAUUGUCCGUGGAUUAUCCGGUUGAGAAAGUGAGUUGUUAUGUAUCGGACGAUGGUGCGUCUAUGUUGCUUUUCGAUACGUUAUCUGAGACUGCAGACUUUGCUCGGCGAUGGGUUCCGUUUGCCAAGAAGUAUAGCAUCGAGCCGAGGGCUCCGGAGUUUUAUUUUUCGGAGAAGAUCGAUUACUUGAAGGACAAAGUGCAGCCUACAUUCGUCAAGGAUCGUAGAGCCAUGAAAAGAGAAUACGAGGAGUUUAAGGUGCGAAUCAAUGCGUUGGUGGCAAAAGCUCUGAAAAAACCCGAAGAAGGUUGGGUGAUGCAAGACGGGACGCCAUGGCCUGGGAACGAUAGUCGUGAUCAUCCUGGAAUGAUUCAGGUUUAUCUGGGAAGCGGAGGUGCUCUUGAUGUCGAAGGCAAGGAGUUGCCGAAAUUGGUUUAUGUUUCGCGUGAGAAACGACCUGGUUAUAACCAUCACAAGAAGGCUGGUGCCAUGAACGCCCUUAUUCGAGUGUCGGCAGUGCUUACGAAUGCACCAUUUAUGCUGAACUUGGAUUGUGAUCACUAUAUCAACAACAGCAAGGCUGUAAGGGAAGCAAUGUGCUUCUUGAUGGAUCCACAGCUGGGAAAGAAGCUAUGCUAUGUCCAAUUCCCACAACGGUUUGACGGCAUCGAUCACAAUGAUCGUUACGCCAAUCGCAACGUCGUGUUCUUCGAUAUCAACAUGAGAGGACUUGAUGGAAUCCAAGGCCCUGUCUAUGUUGGAACGGGAUGCGUCUUUAAUCGACAGGCGUUAUAUGGUUACGACCCCCCGGUGUCAGAGAAGCGGCAAAAAAUGACUUGCGAUUGCUGGCCGUCAUGGUGCUGCUGCUGUUGCACCAGUUCGAGGAAGAAGUCCAAGGCGGCGGUGCCGAAAAAGAAAGGGAAGAAGUACUCAAAGAAAUCRCUGGCACCWGCCUACGAUCUCGAGGAGAUCGAAGAAGGGCUCGAAGGGUACGACGAGUUGGACAAAUCAUUGCUAAUGUCUCAGAAAAACUUCGAGAAACGAUUCGGGCAGUCUCCGGUUUUCAUAACGACAACUCUAAUGGAAACCSGUGGAAUUCCUGAAGGAACCAACAGCAAUUMUUUGAUCAAAGAAGCGAUUCAUGUCAUUAGCUGCGGAUACGAAGAGAAGACYGAAUGGGGMAAAGAGAUUGGAUGGAUUUACGGAUCGGUUACAGAAGAUAUCUUGAYGGGGUUCAAGAUGCAUUGUCGGGGGUGGAAAUCGGUGUACUGUAUGCCAAAGAGACCGGCGUUUAAGGGGUCUGCACCGAUCAAUUUGUCGGAUCGGCUGCACCAAGUGCUCCGAUGGGCUCUUGGUUCCGUCGAGAUUUUCAUGAGCCGGCAUUGCCCGCUUUGGUAUGCCUGGGCCGGGAAGCUGAAAAYGCUCGAGAGGCUUGCUUAUAUUAACACCAUCGUUUACCCUUUUACUUCUAUCCCRUUGCUGGCAUAUUGUACGCUUCCGGCCGUCUGUCWUCUCACCGGAAAGUUCAUCAUCCYGACGCUCAAUAACCUUGCAAGCAUUUGGUUCCUUGCCCUUUUCAUUUCGAUCAUAGUCACCGGAGUACUCGAACUCCGGUGGAGUCAUGUUAGCAUCCAAGAUUGGUGGAGGAACGAGCAGUUUUGGGUGAUCGGUGGUGUCUCCGCCCAUCUUUUCGCCGUUUUCCAAGGCCUUCUCAAGGUUCUUGGCGGCGUCGACACCAAUUUCACCGUCACGGCAAAAGCGGCCGACGAUGCCGAGUUUGGCGAGCUCUACUUGUUCAAAUGGAYGACACUUUUAAUCCCGCCGACAACUCUAAUCAUCAUGAACAUGGUCGGWGUUGUGGCGGGAGUAUCCGAUGCAAUCAACAACGGAUACGGAUCGUGGGGCCCGUUAUUCGGGAAACUGUUCUUUUCRUUCUGGGUCAUCGUUCAUCUAUACCCGUUCCUAAAGGGGUUGAUGGGAAGGCAAAACCGUACUCCAACCAUUGUCGUUUUGUGGUCGAUUCUUCUGGCUUCCAUCUUCUCGUUGGUUUGGGUUCGUAUCGACCCGUUCUUGCCGAAACAAUCGGGCCCGAUUCUUAAACAAUGUGGGGUCGAAUGCUAGACGAUAAACUAUCUGGAGUGAUUUGAGCAAUUUUUGUAAAGAUUUGGCUACAAGAACACAAUGCUUGUUUGAAUUUAACUAUACYGUAUACAUUCAUAUUGAAAUCAAAUAUGUUUCUAUUUUUGG